AUGGACGAUCACCCAAAGACUCUUCCUCGUCCGUCAAGCGGCAUUCCACGGUUGACAGCUUCUCGAUUGCCUCUGCCGAAAUCAACAGGACCCAAGUCCAUCCGCCCCUCCCCAUCCCGCGACCGAUUACAAGCCGACCCUGGAUUGGACCACAGCCGCCUUCGCCGACCAUCAUAUGAGACGCUGCGAAAGCAGCCAUCUAUCUCCCGCCUAUCCUUGCCUGCAAAGCAGGUCCUCAGACCAUCCUCCAAGGGCAAUGACACGACAACGCAACCCAGCCAAACACAAUUCGCAGACAUCAGCAACUUGUCCACUUAUGACGGUCAAGACGAUGGUCAGCUACACGAAGAAGACCGUGGUCGGCUUGAAGUACGGCCGUCUCUGUCGGACCGGACCAAAGAGACGAUCGCGCAGAUUCCGCCCUCCCCAGCCUCGGUGAGAAGACAAUCCAGCUUCUUCAGCGGGGCCAGUCCAGCACGGUCACCCUCUCGGACACCCUCAAAUGCAUCCAGCUAUUCAAGAUCCCCGUCUCGAUCGUCCAAUGGUCAGUCAAACCCGGGCGAUCUCCUUGCUCAGCCGGUGUCCAAGCUUCGUCUUCCUUUGCGCCCCCGCGCGUCGGUGCCUUCGGUCUCGUCUUUGGCAUCACCUACGGGGACCGAGGCGGCGAAGAGCCCAUCGAGGAUCAAGGCGCCCUCAUCGAGACCAAGCCUUGUCGGUAAUGGCACAUUAAGUCAGGAUGCAGCAUCAAGGAGGGCGAUACCGAUCAAGCCCAUGGGAACAGGGAGCACGCUCCCUGCACCGUCCUCCGCGGGCCCUGCAUUAGUCAAAAAGCCGUCGAGACCAGUCCUAUCAGACAUGGGACCUCCAGCGCGGCCGCUUCAGAUCCGAAAGACGAGGGCCCCCGAGAACAACCCUUCUUCUACCAUCAAAGCACCAUCAAGCACCGCGCGUCACGUAUCUGCUGCCUCCUCCGUGCUUGAUGAUCUGACACCCGAGCAGCAGGCGCAGAGCGAGGCACGAAAGGUGUCCAAGUCAUCCAAUGCGUUGCGGGACACUAUCGCAAAAGCAAAAGCUGCACGGAAAGCAGCUGCUCAAGCUGCAAAUGACAAGGACGCUGAGCCCACGGCGGCCAUUGCUCCAAACAACGUGCGGGGAGCUACUGAUGACGAGGAUCCUUUCAAUCAACUUCCCAAAGGAUCCAACACUGCCGUCCUGAAGAAGCGCGUGGAAGGAGCUCGUGCAUCAGGCACAUUGAAUAUUGCAGCCUUGGGUCUCACAGAAAUCCCGAAAGAGGUGAUCAAAAUGUACGAAUUCGACGCUGAAAGCUCGUCAAAUUGGUUCGAGAAUGUGGAUCUGGUCAAGUUCAUUGCUGCUGACAAUGAAUUGACCACUAUUGCCGACGAGGUCUUCCCUGACGUGGAUCCCGCGAAUUUCGACCCCGAGAGCGAGGAGCGUGGCCCUCAAUUUUGUGGAUUGGAAACGCUGGAUCUCCACGGAAACAAGCUCUGUUCACUUCCCAUGGGCAUUCGACAGAUCAAUCAGCUACGGGUCUUGAAUGUUUCGAAUAAUGAUUUAACCUUGGAUAAUCUUGCGGUCAUUUUGCAAAUCACGUCCCUGGUAGAUCUGAAAUUAGCGGGCAACAGGCUAGAUGGGGCCUUCUCACCGGCAAUCGGCCAGUUACGCAGCUUGGAAAGCCUGGAUCUGCGGAACAACACCCUUACUCGACUACCCGACGAGAUGGUGAACUUGACGAGUUUAAAGGUCUUGGAUGUCGGCGAGAACCAGUUUUCAAGUCUCCCAUUUGAUGCACUUAGCAAACUUCCGAUCAAGACACUCAACGCCCCAAAGAACCAAUUGCAAGGCACUUUGAUCCCAUCAACCGUAGAUCAGCUUCCAGACCUCCAAGCUCUCAACGUCGCGAGCAACUCCUUGGACUCUCUUGCAGGCAAUGAUCAAUUGUCACUGCCGAAUCUGCACAGCCUUGUCGUGAAUGUGAAUCGCAUCAAAAAAUUGCCCUGUCUUACCACCUGGCAAUCUCUUUCUACUCUCGUAGCUGGGGACAAUCGAUUGGAAGAGAUCCCCAAUGGAUUCGUGGAUCUCAAGGGCAUCAGGGCUGCUGACUUUUCUGGAAAUCACCUCACUCGCGUGGACGAGCGAAUUGGGCUCAUUGUCAGCCUUUCCAACUUUAGCAUCUCCAAUAACCCACUCCGAGAGCGAAAGUUGCUUAGCAUGAGCUCGGACGACAUACUACAGGAUUUGCGCCGACGUUGCGAACCAGAGUCUGGGCCACAGGACACCGAUGACGAGGGAUCGGUAGCCACCCAAUUCACACUUGCGCCUGAGACCCCAGUUAGUGAACACGGCUGGCGGCUGAAACCCGGAGGUGUUCUUGACCUUUCCCACUCUGAUCUGGUAGAAGUCAGCCUGGACAAGCUAGGUGCGACCAACAGAGACGAAAUUCGUUCCCUGUAUUUGCAGCACAACGAAUUGCGUAUCCUACCUGCCCCAGCUCUGAAGAUGGUUGCUUCCGGCCUGGUCGACCUUGAUCUCUCCCACAACCCUCUCAACAGUGCAGAAUUGCUUUCUUGUCGGCUCGAGCUGCCAAAACUUCAAAGUCUCAACUUGAGUGCCGCGGGCCUCAAGUCCAUCGACCUCUUGUUGGAGAAUCUGCUCGCCCCGACUUUGAACUUCCUCGACAUAUCAAACAACCGUCUCGCCGGGCCGCUUCCCCACAUCAGACACUUUUUCCCGGGAGUCAAGACUUUUUUGGCCUCGGACAAUCAGUUCUCCAAGGUGGAAUUCGAGGCAGUUCAGGGCCUGCAGGUCCUCGACCUCAGCAACAACGACAUCGACCAUUUGCCCCCGAAAAUCGGCUUACUAGGUGCGGAGCGGUCCCCUCGCAAUUGGGGAGGAGGUGCUGCUUUGAGGAGAUUCGAGGUCGCUGGCAAUCGGUUCCGGGUUCCGCGAUGGCAGAUUGUAGCCAAGGGUACGGAUGCUGUGCUAGAAUUCCUCAAGGAUCAUAUUCCAACGCAAGACUUGCCUGAGUGGGAGCAUGAAGAUGCAGCUUCUCGAGUCGACACAUUUUGA